CAGCAGCGAGAGCCAGGGGCAAGCAGUUCCUGCCCUCUCUUCUUCAGAAACAGCAGUACUUGCUCUGAACUGGGGAUUUCCUAGGCUGAAUGAACAUCCGGAGAUUCUCAGGAAUCUGUGAAGUCUGGGAGGCUGGUCGGGUGCGUGGGAAGAGGGCGGAUCUGGCUAGAAGGGGUGGAGGAGGAGGGAAAGAGCUGCUGGAGAGACGCCAGUCGAGAAGAAGCCACGAAGAAGAGCAAGAGAGCGAGAAUCAGAAGGGCGUGUGAAUAACAGGAAAGCAAGCAGGGAGAAAACAUUCCCCCGCUGAAGGAGGAAGGAAGGACUGUUACCAGCCAGCCAGAUCGCGCGUUUUGCUGGAAGCUUUGGGUCCCCCAGGUGGGACUGGAGAAAGAAAGGAUCUGUAAGUUAUGUCUGUAACUUUUAUAUCUAACAGAAAACGGUGUGGAGUACUAUGAGCAGCAGUGAGUGGGGCAGCAACAUUUUCACCAUGGACACUGAAAACACAUAUGAAAUGUACGGAGAGCAACUUCGUGCAAAAUGUUUCGAAGAAGAAAUCUACAGAUAUGCAUUUUCUGAAUUGGGUUAUUAUACUAAACCCAUUGCCAUCCUUAUCUGCAUAUUUGGGUUGCUGGGGAAUGGAUAUGUUUUGUGGCUCCUUGAUUCCCAUAUUAAGAGAAAUCCUUUCACCACCUACAUCCUGAAUUUGACUGCAGCUGACUUUGGCCUGCUCAUGUUUUUGUCUCUGUCCCUUAUCUUUUUGUUCGCUGAUGACCUCUGUGGAUUACCACUCCCUGUUCGCAUUUCUGCAAUACCCCUGUUGCACUUAUGCCAAUUUUGCUAUACUGCCAGUCUCUGUUUCCAUACAAUCAUCAGUAUAGAAAGAUGCCUUUCUGUCUCUUUUCUGAGCUGCUACCAACAUCGGCGACCACAAUCCCUUUCGUCUGGGCUAUCCGUGCUAGUCUGGAUCCUGUGUGUCAUGUUCUGCGGAAUGGAAAUUUCAUUUUACCUGGUCUAUAAUAUGGUAUUAUACCCAGUUGUCAAGAACAUGUUCAUUGUGGUCAUAUGGGUUUUGCCUCCAAUUUUAGCUGUCUUCACUUUGCUCCUGCUGGCCAAAAUGUGUUGCAACUCUCAGCGCCGACUGCCAGGAAGCCUGACUACUGCCAUUCUUCUCUCCCUCCUGUUUUUCCUUCUCUGCCAUGGCCCAUGGAGCAUCACAUUUCUGCUAUCCUCCCCUAAGCAUUCACAAACUCUUAUUGCACUUUCACAGCUCCUCUACUCUGUCAAUGGCAGCAUUAAACCAGUGCUUUAUUACUUGGUGGGGAAACGGGGCAAAUGUUCCUCUACAGAACCCCUGAAGGUCAUUUUCAGGAGGGUCUUCCAGGAUGAACACUAUCCUCUGCAAGAGAACGUGUUGACUGAUGCAGAGAAACUUAGUGCAGUAACUUGUUCAACCCAAGCCAUCAACUGACGAAGCCAGCAUUGUUCUUGAAUGGAAAUGCUUUGAUCCUGGACUAUGUAAGAAUAAUUGCUCAUAGUGGACUAUACCAUGAAGCUCAAUCUCCUUACCCAGGAAUGAAGAUGCAAGAUGCAAUCAAUAGGCACAACAAAAAGCCACAGCUUCAUUAACUCAAAGGAAUGCUUUUCUCUUGCCAUACUGAUUUAACUGCUACUUCUCUCUAGCUUAGUAUUGAUAAAGUUGCUGCAGCAUAGUCCAUUGCCAUCAGGAACCUCAGGGUACCUCCCUGUGUGGAGUAAAGUCAGCCAUGUUGAUGACUAUCACUGCCUCUUGUGGGAGCAUAGUCCCAUGGUAAACUGCUCAGGACCGCAAUACCUCAAGGAUGACCUCUCUCUAUGUGAACCUACCUGGAACCUGAGAUCCUCAUCUGAGGCCCUCCAUCAUGUGCUUCCUCCACAAAGAGGUCUCAAGUGUGGCAACAUGAGAACAGGCCUUUUCCGCAGUGGUUCCCUAUUU